AUGACUCCACAAGCUCCCGAUAUGCCCGUUCACAGCACCGUCAACUCUCUUGAGACUGCAAUGGAAGCCGUCCAGAUCACCGAUAAAGGCCCUCACGAUACCGAUGAGACUCUCCAGGAUUUUAAUGCACCUCCCCAGACAUUCGAUAAAUUCACCAAGUUCCCUGAUCUUCCUAUCGAGCUUCGUCUAGCCAUUUGGUCUUUCGUACCAGAGACUCGUAUCGUCGAAGUCGAGUUCUCAAAGGAGAAGAAAACCUGGUUCGCUCCCAUCGAGAGUGCUUGCCAACCUGUCCUCCUUUCUGUCUGCGGAGAGUCUCGCAAAGUCAUGCUAGAGGGAUGGUUGCCGCUUCUGCCUCACUUCUCAUCAGACCCUUCUCGACAAUCCCGAAUGGCUUCUAAAAUUGCACGUGGUUUCCCUUACUCAAUCAGCUAUUUCAAUCCUAAGCUUGAUACUCUCUACAUCGACGAUUCAGUGAGGAGUAUAUUACCUGAAAAAUGCCUCAAAAAACUCGGCCAGUUGGUCAAGCUUCCUGCAUUAAAGAAUUUGCGUCAUCUCGCAUGCAGUGAAAGUCUACUCCCAUAUAGUUUUCAUGCCCAAGAACGGACGGACGAAAUCCUUGAAAUUAUGCUCAAGUUCAAGCACUUGCGGAGAUUUUCCUACAUUAUCGGCGAUCCCUGGUUAUCUCUCGAUCAUGAGAGCUGGAAAAAAAUGUGCAAGGGAGUUAUCGAGUUCCGCCAUACUGGGUUCAGGCCCGGGCUUGAUCCAGUAAGAUUCAAGAGUCCAUUAGAGAAGUACAAAAAGCAGUCUGUUUUGGUGGACGAAAAGGAAAUCUGGAGAGGAGACAAGGAUAUGUGGAAGGAAAGCCUUCGAAUGAUAGAGAGGAGAAUUCGAGGCCUUCGGCCGUCUGGCGAACACUGGGCUCAAUAA